UGUGAUUUAAGUGUAAAGACACAUAUAUUGACUAGCGAUAGAAACGAAAGUUGGAAAAGAUAGUAUCGCAUGUUUUUAUGUUGUUGUUGAAGAUAAUAUUCACAGAAAAACUAACAUGGCAUCUAAACUGAGCAUAUCGUGUGGUUCGUGUCGAUAUGAGGACAUCUCGAAAACUGCAAAGCAAUGGUGUACCAUAUGUGAAGAAGGAUUCUGUGGAGAAUGUGAAAAAUACCACAAAUCUAUGAAAGUUUUAAGGGAUCACAAGAUGAUUUCAAUUGAGGACUAUCGUCAAAUUGAAAAUAUUUCCGUAAAUCUCAAUUGUGAAAUUCACGGUAAAAAGUUUGAUCUUUACUGCAAGAAACACGAUAUUGCUGUAUGCGUAGUCUGUAUUCCUUUGGACCAUAAAUCCUGUUCCGCUUCUGACAUCAUCUCCAUUGAAGAAGCAUCAAAAAACGCCAAACAAUCGAGUGCACUCUUAGACUUAGAAGGAACUAUUUCAGCAACGAUAGACAACGUGAAGCACUGUAUCAAAGACCGAGAAAUAGCUUUGACAAAUGUGGACCAAGAUGAACAAACAAUACGGAAAACGAUUACAGACACACGAAAGAAUCUAAAUGAAUACUUGGAUGAACUCGAGAAAAAACUGCUUCUAGAUUUGAAAUCAAAACAUGGAAACUGUAAAUCUAAAAUCAUGAAAAUUCUUAAUCAAUUGAGGCAAAUGGAGAAAGAGGUAGAAAUACUGAAAGAGCAGACGAUUCAAAUGAAAAGUUUUGCGUCUGACCUACAAGUAUUUCUAGGAACGCGCCAUUUAAACAAAACAAUGAGAAAAAAGAUUGAAUCACUCAAAGAAGAGAUCAGAAAUUGUACGAAAAACAGAAUGGAGAUAGAGGUCAAUCAUGUGAUCAACUCCUUAGUGAAUGAGGUAAAACUGUUUGGAGAAAUCAAAGUUAUGGAAACUACGGCCAAUCUACAAUUAAAAGAUGCAAAGAUCGACCAGGCUCAGAUACAGAUACAGGGAUUAUCGCAAAACAUUCAAAAUGUCAGUCUGAAGCUGAAACAGAAGUUUGAUAUCAAAGGAUCAGACGAAUCUAUCUCUGGCUGCAUUGUAUUACCAGACGACCGAAUCUUAAUUGCAGACUAUUAUAGAUCUGGUAGAUUAAUGGAAUACAAUAACAAUGGUCAACACAUACGUGACAUUCCUGUCCCUAAUAAACCGUUUAGUCUUACAUUAGUAGAUACCGACUGUAUUGCUGUUACAUAUGGGAGGAAGGAAUAUCUAGAGAUUAUAAACACAAAGAAUACUAGUGAAAGGAAGAGGGUGAAGUGUAGUGGUUGCUGCUUUGGAAUAUCUUACCAGGACCAGAAGCUGUAUGUUUCUGUAUGGCACCAAGGCAUAGUAGUGAUGGACUUGAAUGGGACGACAUUAAAUACAAUCGAUAUCGAUGUUUACAGAGUGUAUAAUAUAACAACGACCAGAGACAGGAUAUACUAUUCACACCAGGGCAGUAAUACAGUACACUGCUGUAGCAUGACAGGACAAAAAAUCUGGGUAUUCAAGAAUCAGUCUAUUUCCGAACCGAGUGGGUUAUCAGUGGACAGUAAUCAGAACGUGUUUGUUGUUGGUGGAACCUCAAAUAACCUGACAGUAAUACAACAUGACGGGAAAGAUAGCAAGUUCUUACUUACUGAUCGUGAUGGACUUAAAUCUCCUGAUGCAGUAGAUUACAACAAACAAAAGAAGAUUGUCUGCUUAGGCUUCAAGGCAGGAAGCUUUGCCUCGUACCAAGUGUCGUAAAAAUAAUUACGCGCAUAAGAAAGAAGUUCUUACUGUUUGUAAUGUUUUAAUUCUAAAACAGUACUGGUAUUUUCCAAGUGAUAUAUGCUAACCAUUGAGGAUGUCAUAACUUAAGCCGCAGUGUGAACGGGGUAGUGGAGCAAAUGGAACUAGUUUCCGCAUUGUCACCAUUUUUAUUAUCCUCAUAAAUUGAACCUUGUCGGCUACUAAAAGGAAAUUAUUAUUUCACUAUUUGUAUUUCAUUAUUGAUUGAGCCACAAAAAUAGUAUAUUAGGUUUUUCAUAUACCUCGUAGCUAGUGACACUUUAAAUAUUGUUAGAGUUUGUUUUAAGAAACUUAUUUAAUUUCUUAUUUUCAUUUCUAAGAAGAAACAUUUGUUGUAAAUGUUCUAAAAUUGUGGUUAUAAGUUUGUGACUAUAGUAGUCCCUUGCAAAACACAAUAUUCAUUUUUGAAAUUCAGGAUUUAGAUUAAAUUAUAGGAUAAUUUUAUUUUUCAAUGUCAAAAAAAAAUUGUAACCAAAUCAUUGUAAUUAUUGUUAUCAUAUUCGACUGCUUUAAUUCCAAUGUUUUUUAAUGUUUCUAUCACUUUUAUGAAUAUUAAUCAAUAUUAAAAUCCAAUCAUUGGUUAAAAAAGGACAAUUUAAACACUAUAUGCCAAUAUAUUGUUUUGAAACUGUAGAUGCAAUGUUUGCUUUAAUUUCUGUAAUUGUAAUGUCGCAAUCAGCAAGCAAAGAACUUAAUUGUUGUUUUGUUUAUUACACAGAAUCAAUCGAAACUGUUAAAAAGCUUAUGCUAUGGUAUUAAUUGUCAAAAAUAGUAUACAAGAUAAACUCAUUACUAAAAUUAAAUAUUAUCAUACUAAUGUG